CUGCCCCUGACAGCCACUAGAAAAUGCAGGGCGAAAAAGAAGUUCAGGAGGGCGUCUUCCCCCCACUACGGCUACACUGUAGGCAGGGCCAACGCUUUUUCAUGGGCUCCGCUAAAGCUCAACCUGCCCCCCGACUGUCUGCAUCUGAUACUCGGCAACUAGCAGCAAUCGGCACACAAGCAUCAUCACCCUGUUUGGUUCGCCUGCCAAGAUGAACGCUAUUACAAACCACUUUAGCAAUGGCCCGGUCAUCCCCCAAUCUGUCCAAUUGGCUCUUGCUGGUGUUGGAUCUCUCUUCCUCGCCACCAAGCUCUGGAGCUACCUCCAGCUUGUUCUGAGCGCGUUUUUGCUUCCCGGUACUAACUUGCGCAAGUACGGAAAGCCUGGUACUUGGGCUGUUGUCACUGGCGCGUCCGAUGGCCUCGGCAAGGAGUUUGCAGAGCAGCUCGCCUCCAAGGGCUUCAACCUGAUCCUCGUGUCCCGCACUCUGGCCAAGCUCGAAACCAUCGCCAACGCCAUCGAAGAGAAAUAUGCCGCCAAGUCGAUCAAGGUCAAGAUUCUCGCCAUGGACUUUGCCGAAGACGACGAUGAAGACUACGACGCCCUCGCCAAGCUCAUCAAGGGCCUCGAUGUCGGCAUCCUCAUCAACAACGUCGGCCAGAGCCACAGCAUCCCCGUCUCCUUCCUUGAUACCACGAACGAAGAGCUACAAAACAUUGUCACUAUCAACUGCCUCGGCACGCUCAAGGUUACCAAGGUUGUUGCCCCCAUCUUGAAGCAGCGCAAGAAGGGUCUCAUCCUGACCAUGGGCUCCUUUGGCGGCUGGACUCCUACUCCCUUCCUCGCCACGUACUCUGGUAGCAAGGCCUUCCUGCAGCAGUGGAGCAACGCUUUGUCUUCUGAGCUUGCCGACGACAAUGUCGAUGUCUACCUUGUUCUUAGCCAUCUGGUCACCACCGCCAUGAGCAAGGUCCGCCGCCCCAGCCUCCUCGUUCCCAACGCCCGCGCUUUCGUCAAAUCUGCUCUCGGCAAGAUUGGCCUCGGCGGCUACCAGACUGCUCCCAACACCUACACUCCCUGGUGGAGCCACUCCGUCAUGCUCUGGCUCAUUGAGAACGUGCCUGGCGUCAACAGCCCUGUUACCAUCUGGUACAACAAGAAGAUGCACGUCGAUAUCCGCCGCCGAGCUCUCCGCAAGGCUGAGCGCGAAGCCAAGAAGCAGUAAAGAAUUCGGAUCCUUUUGUCAACAGAUUGGUCUCCUGUCAAGCUGCUAGCUAGUUUCGAGGCUUGUUACGACGAAGAUGUGGUUAUGCUAUAGUACAGCUACACCGCCUUCGUUGAUGAUGCAAACAAACUCUAAUGUAUUAACAUAGUAGUAUGAAUUUUAAUUAUCAAAAUUGAUCUUUUUUAUUGACGCUUU